AUGACUGAUAGUAAUUCAAUGAUUAUAAUCUCUAGUUACUUAUUGAAAAGGAACAAGUCUCACAAUUGGCAAAAAAAAUGGUUUGUUUUGAGAAGAAAUCAAUUGUCAUAUUAUAAAGAUUCAAAAGAGUAUAAGGCUUCAAAAGUUAUACCCAUUGGAGAUAUCUUGUCAUUCACUAAAAUCCCAGAUAACCAUCCAAAUCAUUUCAUUAUAGUGACCAAUGAACGUAUUUAUCAUUUGAGAAGUGUGGAUUCUGGUGAUUUCAACAAAUGGAUCGAGGCAUUAGAUCAAGUAUUGAAGAUUAAUGAACAAGAAGAGGAAGAGAUGGUUGGAGCGAACAACAUAUUCAAACCAAGAAAGAUAUCUGAUAACCUGAUCAUUAAAGAUGCUAAGUCCAGUUCAAUCGAGGAUUUAAACCAUGAUAUCCAACAACUCAAUUUCUCAGGAACAGACGACAACUUCACUUCAGGUUUAUCAGACGGAGGUGUAUCCUGUCCAACACAUUACAACCACUCAACUUCAUCGUUCCACCCCCUGCCACCACCUAUCCCAGAGGAAGAAGUCCUUGCUGAACAGGCCCAGUACAACUCAUUGGCCUCAGACUCACCAGAACAUGUCAUUGACAAGGGCUACUUGCUACGGCUCAGGAAACGCUACAACCAGUGGAAACGCUACUACAUCAUCCUGACAAACAGGUAUCUCUACUUCUACAAGAGCAGCAGAGACUCCGAGCACACGGACAAGUUCUACAAGAGAAUCGAUCUCAGUGAGCUGAUUGACGUUGUGGAGCUGGACCCUUUGAGCAAGUCCAAAAUCUAUUGCAUGCUCUUGAUCACGCCGAUGAAGAGAAUACGGUUCUGUGCUGAGAACGAGGAUGAGUUAACGAAGUGGCUGGUGCUACUAAAGACGAUAAUAAAGACGAGGAAUAGUUAG